GCCACACCAAGGUCUGUGCAUCUCUGAGGACUGAUGCCCGAGGAUGGGGGACUGGAAUCUGCUGCUGCUGAGCGUGAGCGAGGAGGUGAUGCAGAGACUCGGCAAAAAACUGGACAAUCCCACCAAUGGGUGGCGCAGGUUAGCCAGAAUGGUGGGCAUCGAGCAGCGAUUCCAGUGCAGUGAGAAGGAGAUGGACCAGUGCUCGCUGAAAGUCCUGGAGCCGGUGGGGAGUCCAGGCCGGAGCUUUCUGCAGAUCCUGGCAGAUCGUGGCUGCACCGUCUGGUACCUGCUGAGCUGCCUGGACAGGAUGGACCACAGAGAGGCUGUGGGCUGUCUGCUGCCCCUGGUGCCGGCUGCUGUGUGUAUCACUGUCCAGCCUGAGUCUCGGGAUGUUGUGGUUGGAGAGCGUGUGGUGCUGUACUGUGGGGCAGUGGGAGCCUCGGGGCUCAGCUACCAAUGGUUCCAGGGAUCGCGCGAGGUGGAGCGAGGGACAGGGUCGGAGCUGGUGAUGGAGGCAGUGAGACCGGAGGACGGUGGUUGGUAUAUUUGCCGGGUGCACUGUGCCAGCGGCUUCACCUUUACCAGGUGGAUCAAACUGCGUGUGGCCACAAGCCCUGUCUCAGCCGGCUCGCUUGGCUCAGGCUACGUUUGCAGCCUACGGAUCCUGGUGCACCCCAACUCCCUGAGACUGCAGGAAGGUCAGCACAUGAGCCUCCAGUGCUCAGCUACGGGGACACCCCCUCCUCAGUACCAGUGGUUCAGGAACAAUCAAUCCAUCCCUGACGCCACAGAAAGCUCUCUCAAGGUAACAGGCGUCACCACGGCCGAUCGCGGGGUCUACUGCUGCCGUGUCUACAACCUCUACCAGCAGGUCCUGAGCAGAGAGGCUCAUGUGGAGAUCGGACCCAACAGCUCCUUCAAUGAGACGUUCCUGGGCGAAUCGGAGAGAGGACUCCCGGCACUGCCUGGCCCCCUGAACACCAACACCCAGCCCCGUUUGCUUGCGACAGACAAGGUGGCUCUGCUGAUGGGGAACAUGAACUAUCAGCACCACAAGCAGCUGCGAGCCCCCAUGGUGGACGUGCACGAACUGACCAACCUCCUGAGGCAGCUGGACUUCAAGGUUGUGUCACUGCUGGACCUGAGCAGGCGGGAGAUGCAGAAAGCGGUCAACGAGUUCCUGCUGCUGCUCGACAAGGGAGUCUAUGGUUUGCUUUACUACGCGGGUCAUGGAUACGAAAACUACGGCAACAGCUUCAUGGUGCCCAUUGAUGCUCCCGACUCGUACACAUCGGAGCACUGCCUGUGUGUGCAGGGAAUCCUGCAGCGCAUGCAGGACAAGCAGACCCGCCUCAACGUCUUCCUGCUCGACAUGUGCCGCAAGAGGAACCUACAUGAUGGAAUCAUUCCGCGACUGGAAGCCUUUCGAGUCACCGCCAACAUCGUUUUUGGUUAUGCCACCUGCCUGGAUGCCGAGGCGUAUGAAAUCAGUCACGGGAAUCGGUCCAACGGGAUCUUCAUCAGCUUUUUGAAGAAACGUUUGUUGGAGGAUGAAAAAAUCACUGUCCUGCUGGAUAAAGUGGCUGAAGACAUGGGCACCUACGAGCUGACCAAGGGGAAACAGGCCCUGGAGAUCAGGAGCAGCCUAUCAGAGAGGCGGGCACUGACUGACCACAUCCAACAGUUCAACAGCUGUGAUAAAAGCUCGGCCAGGAACUUACAAUGGGCUAAAGCUCACGAGCUCCCUGAGAGCAGGUUUGUGACGUUCGACUGUGGGGUCAGCGUGAGGCUGGGAUUUGCGGCCGAGUUCUCCAACAUUAUGAUGAUUUACACCCAGAUCGUGCAGAUUCCAGACGGCAUCUUACACUGUGAAGCCACACUCACGGACUUCUCUGAGGAUCUGGAUGUUGACAUCAAGCAGACGAAUAAAGACUGCCCCGAGGAGACAGGCAGCGUUCUCUUCACCUUCAGAAACUUUGACUGUGCCGAUCGGUGUCUGUACACAAGGCUCAGCAAGCUCCAGAAACUGCGGAAGGAGUUGAGGUUCUGUGUUUGCCUCCAGUACUGUUACCAAGGUCUGCUCGAGAGUGUGGUGGAGAAGCAGAUGGUGGACGUCGGGAAGCCGCUCGUGGCUAAGCUGAACCUCCACGACUCCCACGCCUUGAACGACUAUUUCUACCUUCAUGGGCCCCUCCGCAAUUCCUCCAGCGACCCCUCGCAGAGGUUCAGUCAGGGCAGCAGACCCUUACCCCCAACUUCACUGCGGACAGCCAACAGCCUGACCGACCUUGCACUCUCUGCCGAUUUGCACAGCGUUCAGUCUACCGACUUCUACCGGACCGCAAUGCAGUUCAGGGGCGGCUACGUGCCUGAUGUGAGGCCACGGGGAGGCGGGGAAAGGGGGGCGCUGACCAGUGCUGGGGUCACUCUGGCCAAUAUGUCAGCAGCCCGGCCAGCCUCCGAGCCACGCUAUGCAACUCUGCCAAACCUCACACAAAUCUCCAAAAGAAAAAUUUUUCCACGUACUGAUUCCUGGGGCUGGUGGGACCCGAGCUCGCUGUAACUCAGAGACUUUGUGAUGUGUUUGAGCACAGGUGUGUAUCUGCAGCUCUUCAUUUCUGUCCCUGGUAAAGCCUAUGUUCCUAUAAGUACCUCUAAUUCUCUCUAUCACCACCGUUCUGCUCUAUCUCCAUUUCAUCAUUACUACUUUGGUCAUUUUUCCUCUGAAUGUUCCUCUCUUGUCUAUCCCAAACUCCAAAUUCCCAUCCCACGCCCACUUGCUUUCCUACGUCCUCACUGUGAUGAAUCUCAUUGCACUGUCUUCUCCUCUAUCUCAUUGCUCCCGGAACCUCAGAACUAUGGAAAUUCUUCUUUCCUUCAGUCUUCCUCCUCCCUACACUCUACAGGACUCCUCACCUG